AUGGACGACGACGACAGCACGUCCGAGGCAUCGUACUCGCAGUACAUGCCCCGCCAUGCUCACCCGCACUCGGCGCGCCCGCUCUUCAACGAACAAACCCCCGCUCUCUCGCAUGCGCCAACUCCCUCGUACUUUGCAGACCAGCAGCAGCCAGUCGCAUCGACUUCUGCGCAGCCAUACACCGCAGCGAUGAACGGCUACGCGGGGACCGGGUACGGCGAUGAGGAGGACGAGCUGGACGAUCUGCAGUCUGCGACGGAGGACGAGGACGAGGACAGCUCGGAUGAGGAGGCGCUAGCGGAGCAGCAGUUGCGCGCUGUGCAGGCGAAAAAGAUGGAGGCGGUCAAGGGGCUGUACAAGGGCGAGCGCGUCCUGCCUGAGGAGGAGUUUGGCAGCAAGACGGUUCGAGAGAUUUACGACAUGCUGAAGGCGGGCGUGAUCAACCUGAGUCCGGAUUACCAGCGCGAGGCCGUUCGCUACAAGCUCGUCCACCCCGACGCCCAGAUCGACCCGGAGAACAAGGCGAGGUUGCCAGCGGGUUGGAAGGGCGAGUCGGAUUCGGACGGCGAGAGCGAGCUGGAGGAGGAUGUGGACGCGAAGGGGAGGGCGAAGGGGAAGAAGGUACCGAGGAAGGUGUGA